CCGCGGCUCAGACACACCGGAGAAGGGCGGCGGAGCAGCAGCAGCCGGAGCUGUCAUUCACUUCAUGCGGACUCUUCUUCCUCUUCUUCUGCCCCGGAACGAUCCUCGACUCGACCCGUUAUGCUUCCCCACGCUCGCACCUGAACGAUGCCGCAGUGAGGGCACCGGAGGACCGCCGGGUUUAUUCAAAUAGAACAAGGAAAACAAGUCUCGGCUGUUGAACGGCGUUUUUUUUUUUGUUUUUGUGUGUGCAUCAUUUCUGGAAAAGGAUACGAUCUUUUUUUAAAAAAAAAUUUUUUAUUCGCACCUGGAUUACAACUUUGUGAGGACAACAUGCCUCAGACUCCACCGUUCACCGGCGGCUACAACAAGAACCUGUACCAGACCAAGGAGGAGGGCUACUCCGGCCUCUACUACCAUGACAACAACCUGGCGUCCGGGUCCCUGGAGGCCCUCAUCCAUCACUUGGUCCCAACUGUGGACUAUUAUCCAGAUAGGACGUACAUCUUCACCUUCCUGCUCAGCUCUCGUCUCUUCAUCCGCCCGCACGAGCUCAUGUCCAAGGUGUGUCACCUGUGCGUGGAGCAGCAGCGGCUCGGCGAUCUCCAAGCGGACAAGAUGAGAGUCCGGAAGAUCGCCCCCAAGAUCCUCCAGCUGCUGACGGAGUGGACGGAAACCUUCCCGUACGACUUCAGGGACGAGAGGAUGAUGAGGAGCCUGAAGGAGCUGACCCACCGGCUGGCCAGCGGAGACGAGGUUUACAGGAAGGCGGUGGGCCAGAUGAGCCAGGGUCUGAUCCGGAGGCUGACGGUGCUCAGCCAGUACGAGGAGGCGCUGGUGAAGAUCAACGCCACGGCGGCCGAGCGGCUGGCGGCUCUCAAGGCGAAGCCGCAGGCGUCCAUCCAGAGAGACGUGCUGUCCAUCUGCAACGACCCGUUCACGGUCGCCCAGCAGCUCACGCACAUAGAACUGGAGAGACUGAGUUACAUCGGACCCGAGGAAUUCGUCCAGGCCUUCGUCCAGAAAGACCCUCUGGACAACGAUAAGAGCUGCUUCAGUGACCACAAGAAGGCCAGCAACCUGGAGGCUUACGUGGAGUGGUUCAACAGACUCAGCUAUCUGGUGGCGACAGAGAUCUGCAUGCCCGUGAAGAAGAAGCAGCGAGCUCGAGUCAUGGAGUUCUUCAUCGACGUGGCGCGCGAAUGCUUCAACAUCGGCAACUUCAACUCCCUCAUGGCCAUCAUAUCCGGCAUGAACAUGAGUCCCGUGUCUCGGCUCAAGAAGACGUGGAACAAAGUGAAGACGGCCAAGUUCGACAUCUUGGAGCACCAGAUGGAUCCUUCCAGCAACUUCUACAACUACAGGACGGCUCUGAGAGGAGCGACGCAGCGGUCGCUCACCGCCAACAGCAGCAGAGAGAAGAUUGUCAUCCCUUUCUUCAGCCUGCUCAUCAAAGACAUCUACUUCCUGAACGAGGGCUGUGCCAACCGGCUGCAGAGCGGACACGUCAACUUCGAGAAAUUCUGGGAACUCGCCAAACAAGUGAGCGAGUUCAUGGCCUGGAAGAAAGUGGAGUGUCCGUUUGAGAAGGAUCGCAAGAUCCUUCAGUACCUUCUGACGGCUCCAGUGUUCACUGAAGAUGCGUUGUACCUGGCAUCGUACGAGAGCGAAGGGCCCGAGAACAACAUGGAGAAGGACAGAUGGAAGUCUCUGAGAUCCACUCUGCUGAGUCGAGUCUAACCGAAGACGAACCCCGACCAGCGAGCCGGUCGCCUAAAGCAAAGUAUCCCACGUUGAAGGGAAAUGACAAUCUGACCUCUGACCCCCAGCUUCAGAUUUAUAUUAUUGCUCCUCUCGCCUCUUUGUGCUGUAUAUUUAUAUUUCAGGACAUCUGUUCCUCUCUUUGUAUGACUUUAUAGUCUUUUUAAAAAAUAAAUUAAAAAAAGAGAGAAACACUACAAACCUCCUGAGAGUCGCCGCGGUUGUUUUGAUCCCCAACGCUACUUUUGUUGUUGUUGUUGUUGUUGUUGUUUUCUCCCACUGAAGCUACAAAGUUAGCCGCUGGUUGGCUAACUCAACAGAAACCGCUGGUUUCCGUGAGCCGGAGUCAUUUGUAACAGAAGCUCGGCGUUAUUUGUAGGUUAUUUGUUAUUUUGUUAUUUGUUUCUUCCUGAAAUUGUUUAAUUGUGUAAAAGAAAAUGCACUGGCUGCAUUUCGAAGAUUAAUAAGGAGGUUGUUUUUGUUUGUGUUGUAUAACGUUUCGUGGUUUUCUCACUCGUCGUUUUACUUUGAUACACUAAAGGUCACCAGCGAACUAUUUAACCAACGGGUUUCUUUGUGCGGCCGAACAUCUAAAAACCUGUUUGUUGUUUUUUUUUAAGACGCCUUUGAGCGUAAAGUCGUGACGGUGCGUUUACUGUCGCGCCCGAUAGUCGGUGUUUUAAAAUGAGCCCCACUGCUGCUGAGAACAUUGAACACACCAUUCACACUUUGCCCUUUUUGGUCCUAGUAGAAAAGUGUGCUUGUGCUGCCCCCUGUUGGUUCAGUCGGAUGAGUGCGGUCGAAUAAAGUGAACUUAGGAUUUCUACAUAUAAAUAUAAUUUUUAUUUUUCAUGUUAAAAAAAAAAAGUACAGUUUCCUCUUUGUUUUUAUUAUUUAUAAAUCUUGUGUGUGUAGUCGCAUUAUGUCCUCAUGCCAAUAUUUACUAUUUUAUUGUUAUUUAAUUUUGUAGGUACAUGUUUUAAGUAGUCCUCAGAUAUUGGCUUAACCAUUAUUUUUAUAUACGAAGUUUGUACGAGACGCUUAUUUUUUGAGGUACGAGCUCAGAGUAUGAAGUUAUAUGACGGACGUCUGCUUUGCCUCGACACAGUGCUGUCGUGCUUUAUUGUGUACAUAAUGUGUUUGUUUGUUUUUAUUUCCUUCCUGUGUUUGCUCAUUUUGUAUUUUUUGACCGUUGAAAUGGAAAAGAGGAACGUUUAUAAAUGAAUUGGUCGUGUUUAAAAGAGUUAAUAAAAGAUGUUUGAAAGUA